AUGCCCAAAGACCGGUUCAACAUGAGUCCGUAUCACCCGCUGUCCCUUACGCUGAAAGACCAACGCACCUUAAUGGAGCUCGAGCGCGACCUGGUGGAAGACACGUUCAAGAAGUACGAGAAGUUUGUCAUGAGCAACUCGCAAGUGAACUCAGCGCGCUGGAAACACGUCAAGUCCAAAGACGAUCUCCACAUUUACGCGAAACGCACGAAAGAGUCAAAGGGUAAGCAAAGCGGUCCGCAGUGCUGUCGCUCGCCGGAAGAGAAAUGCACGGGCACGUCGAAGCCCGUCGUGCUGAGCGUCGGUACGUUCACUGGGCAGCUCGACGACCUCAUGUAUGGCACGGUGAACCCGACCGAUGACAUCAUGCAGGUCAAAGCCUCGUACGUCCACGACUAUAGUGAUGGGGCCGUGCUGGCUACGCUGGUAAAGCCUACUACCGCCGAUCCGUUCCGCUCCGUGACAGUCAAGUGGCUGCAGAUUGACCUGCCGCUGAGCUACACAAAGCUGAUCAGAGACCGAGACUUCCUCUGUCUAGAAGCAUCGGGCAUCCUCCACUUCGCGAAUGGAGAGAGAGUUGGCUACCUCAUGCUACACUCGAUCGACUCCCCACUUGUGCAACCACUGCCCAAUGUCGUGCGUGCUAAGCACUACAUCACUGGUUUCUUUAGGCAAAUCGCUCCCAACGUGAUCGACACGUUUGCUUUCGACUCGGUCGACCCGGGCGGGGCGAUCCUGGAUUCGGUAUUGCUGCCGAUUUGCGCCAAUGCUUUACUAUCAGCCACGAACUACGUCACGUGCGGCUUGAUGAAGAAGCUCACGUGGAUGCUCCAACAACGCCAGACCUCAUUGGGCGUAGGGAACGUGGCACCUCUGUUGCGCCAUGAAGACUUCUGCGUCACAUGCAACCGCAACGUGCAACCAGGUGUGAUCAAGCACCUGUGGAAGGACAAGUGCUCGAUGUGUUUGGGCGAGUUGUGCUUCGGGUGCAAAGAAGUCAAGACAAUGAGCUUCCUCACGCGAGACCGAAAGGUAUUACGACGUAAGGUCACCUUCUGUAGUGCGUGCAUUAAGAUGGGCUUCCGAGUAGACGCGCUGGAUGCAGCACGCGACCAGGCCAAUGGCUAUCGGCCUUACAGCACUUGA